UGAUUCGCAGUGCGCGACACUUUCGGGCGCGAGUCGCACGUCCCGUUCGAAAUACGAAUCGCACGCGAUCCCGCAACCACUUAUCCCGCGUUGGCCGUUCGAGUGGAUGACAAACAACCGCCUGUGCAACUCCACUGAUUGACUCUGACGAGGAUAAAUAGUCGUGUUGUUGUUAUUUUUGAGUGACCGAAACUGAGGUUGUUUGGCUGGGUUUUGUGAGAUGUGGGAAGAGGUGUGCUGAAGUUGGUGGAGGAGGAACUAAGAUGUUGCAGCUACACCACAAGGAGAGCCUUCCAAAAGAAAUGGAAGUGGGAUGAAUUGAAGCCGGAAUAAAAUGUAAUCACUAAUUCAACCGUACAUUCCAUCAGUGUUCAAAAUUAAAAUGUGCGCCAUGUCAAACAACACCACCGAAGACUUCUCGUAUCAGCAGAACGAGCUCAAUCUCAAGUACGCCAUUUGCGAGGUCCUGGUGGCCAUAUUCGCCGUCGUCGGCAACGCGUUGGUGAUCUACGUGUUUCGGAGGGAGAGAAGACUGAGACGACGGACGAACUACUACAUUGUGUCGUUGGCGACGGCCGAUUUUCUCGUCGGACUUCUGGGCAUACCGUUCGCCAUCAUGGCGUCGGUGGGCCUGCCCCAAAAUUUGCACGCGUGCUUGUUUACGGUGUCCCUGUUGGUGGUUUGUUGUACUAUAUCGAUAUUUUGCUUGGUGGCCGUCUCCGUCGACAGGUACUGGGCCAUACUGCAUCCCAUGGGCUACAGCAGGAACGUGCGGACCAAAACGGCGCUAGUCAUUAUCGGGAUCUGCUGGUUUGCCGGAUCCGUAAUUGGUUUUUUGCCGUUGAUGGGGUGGCACAAGGACGCACCGCUCGACGGAGGUUGCUUCUUCCUCAAAGUCAUGGACUACAACUAUUUGGUGUUUCUGUACUUCGGUACGAUAAUAACCCCUGCAAUGCUGCUGGCAGCGUUCUACACCCACAUCUACCAAGUCGUUCUUAAGCAGAUGCGACAAAUCGUUCACAUGAACCCGGAAAGCGGAACCAAAAACGGUUCAACGUCGGGUGGAACCAUGCUGAGGAUGUUGGGAGCAGCUCAAACCAGUGAAGUAAAGGCCACUCAGAAUCUGGCCAUCAUAGUUAUUUUUUUCAUGAUCUGCUGGAUUCCGUUGUACACCGUCAACUGCGUCAUCGCUUUUUACAAGGGAUUCCACGUCAAUUCCACCUUCAUGUUUUUCUGCAUCAUUCUGUCACAUCUCAACUCUGCAGUCAACCCAUUGCUGUAUGCCUACCAUUUGAAGGACUUUCGCAUCGCUUUGAGGGACCUUUUCCUCAGUAUCUUUGAUCACAAAAGAUACUGCGAACAAAGGAUGGCCCAGCUGUACAACAACAACUACAGUUACUACUUCCAGUCAAGGAAAAGAUCCAGCAACCUGACGUCAGACAUCAACAAGUUAAACUUCAACAAAAGCGAGGGACCACGCAGAAUGUCCAGCAUAGUGAGAAACCCGACGACGGUGGCUGCGGUAACCGCGGGACAAACCAGGGACAUUUGGAACAUCACAGAACACUCGGAGUCGUCUAAAUCGUCGGAAGAAUCGUUGAAACAAAACGACAAGAUGCUGAUGAUCCGUCCCGCAACCCCUUACAGAAACAAGAUCAUCAACAGCGAGAGAAACAACCCCGCAUUUGUCGACCACGUUUCGCUGGGUAGUUCGGACGAUGUGUUCACACCGGAGGGUCUUCCACAUCACAAGUAUUCUUUCGACGAUUGUGACAUCCAUUUAGACCUGCGACACAAACUGAGGCGCAGUUCGACUUCUACAAGAAGGAAGUGGUCCAUGUCGUCACCGCAGCUCUCCAGAAGCGUGUUCGUGGUGGAGGACGAGAAUCGUUUAAAAGAUAAACCGCUGGGCAUUGUGCUGGAUGAUCUCAAAUGUAAUUCCAAAUCGAAGAUUGGCAGUUUUAACGUAAGCAAAAUCUUCAAAAAUCGACGGUCUUUGAAUAGAAGUUUCAGUGAUGAGGGCGGCGUCUCCACUGAAAAUAUUCACACCGCGGAAAGAAAUGGGGUUGUGAGAGGUUCCUGUGGCAGCUAAAUGAACGAAUUUUGCGUAAUUGCGUUAAAAGUCUGAUAUUUUGUUCGAACUACGGCUCAAUUUCCAUUUUGGCUAUAGACAGUAUCUGUUAGGUAAAAAUAAUGUUCUUUACGACGUAUCUACGACAAAGUUUCCGUUUUUAUUAUCAAUUUACGGUGUUCAAUGAAACAUUGUUGUGAGUGGGAAGUAAAAUAUGCGUAUUAUGUCAAUAAAUGUGUGAUGUUAGGAUACGAA